UCUCUGCCUGUCCAUCAGUCUUUCUGUGUAUGCAGCUGAACAGCAGCAUGCCUGUAUGUUUACCGGCAGCACAAGCAGAAGCAUUAUGGAAGUGAAAGAGCGACGUCCAUACUGCUCUCUCUCCAAGAGCCGCAAGGACAAAGAGGGGCCGUACACAGGUUCAUCAGGGGACAGUGAGGACUGUGCCAUCAGCUCUCAGGGGCUCCGGGUCCCCACUCAGAAGUCCUACUCGUCCAGUGAGACCCUGAAGGCCUUCGACCAGCACCAGGACCAGACCAGGUUACUGUACGGGACGACUAAGGGACACAAGGAGAUGGUUCACCGUGAACAGGAUGAUUACAACAGACAAGGUCAGCACUUCAGUCUCCGUCAGCUGGGAAUCUGCGAGCCGCCGUCCCGCCGCGGCCUGGCCUUCUGCUCCGAGAUGGGCCUCCCCCACCGCGGCUUCUCUGUUGGAACGGGCCAGGACCUGGAUGCCGACAGUCAGGCUGUGAUGUCACCGGAGCGCGCCAUGAGGCUGUGGGGCCGCGGGGGUCUGGGUAAAUCCUCCGGGAGGAGUUCCUGCCUGUCCAGCCGCUCCAACUCAGUGCUCACUCUGACCGACACGGAGCACGAGAACAAGUCGGACAGCGACAACGAGCAACCAUCCAAUCACCACGGCCCCACCCUGCCUCCGGUACCUCCCCCUCACCGCCAGCAGCCCUCCAUUACAGCUCUCAACCAAUCCCUGGGCACCACACACCACGCUGGCCAAUCCCUGAAUUCACGGCAGCUCACCCCUCCCAUUGGAAACCCGGCCCCCGUGGCCGGCCAAUCACCAGCCGAGCUGCAGACCACGCCCCCCGAGAGCGUCCCGCUGCAAGACAGCUGGGUGCUGGGUAGCAAUGUGCCUCUGGAAACAAGGCACUUCCUCUUUAAGACAGGCACAGGCACCACCCCCCUCUUUUCCACGGCAACACCUGGCUACACCAUGGCAACAGGCUCCGUGUACUCCCCGCCCACCAGGCCCCUGCCGAGGAACACGCUGUCCCGCUCCGCCUUCAAAUUCAAGAAAUCCUCCAAGUACUGCUCAUGGAGGUGUACAGCCCUCAGUGCUGUAGGACUGUCUGUGCUGCUCUCUGUGCUGCUCUGUUACUGCAUAGCGAUGCACCUGUUCGGUCUGAACUGGCAGCUCCAGGAGAGUGAGGGAUACGGGGCGUUUGAAAACGGAGGAGGGGGGCGAGAUACGACCCCCAACACCUUCAUGGUGUCCACAGACAACGGUAAAAUGUUUCUUCUAGAGAACAACACCAUCGAUACAGGAGAGGUGGAUGUGGGCAGACGAGCGCUACAAGACGUCCCACCAGGCGUGUUUUGGAGGUCCCAGCUGUACAUCGACCAGCCGCAGUUCUUAAAAUUCAACAUCUCCGUCCAGAGAGACGCUCUUGUUGGGGUGUAUGGACGCAAAGGAAUACCGCCCUCACACACACAGUACGACUUUGUGGAGCUGCUGGACGGUAGUCGCCUUAUUUCCAAAGAAAAACGAGCGCUCAGCGACAGCGAUGCAGGACACACAAACGAGGAGGAGUCUGCAGGAGGAGCAGCCAGACACAUACGCUCAGUAAACGUGCACGAGGCCGGCUUCAUUCAGUACCUGGACACGGGGAUCUGGCACAUGGCGUUUUACAACGACGGACGCAACACGGAACAAGUGUCUUAUAACACCAUCGUCAUAGAGUCGAUUAUGGAGUGCCCUCAGAAUUGUCAUGGAAACGGAGAUUGUCUCUCAGGAGUGUGCCACUGUUUCCCCGGCUUUCUUGGGCCUGACUGCUCGCGAGCUUCCUGCCCGGUGCUGUGCAGCGGUAACGGUCAGUACUCGCGCGGACGCUGCCAGUGCUACAGCGGCUGGAAAGGCACCGAGUGCGACGUUCCAGCCAACCAGUGCAUCGACAUCCACUGCGGAGGACACGGCAUCUGCAUCAUCGGUGCCUGCAUCUGCAACACCGGGUACAAGGGCGAGAACUGUGAGGAAGUGGACUGCAUUGACCCCAGUUGUUCUGCACAUGGCGUGUGUAUCCACGGCGAGUGCCACUGUCAGCCCGGCUGGGGCGGAGCCAGCUGUGAGAUCGCCAAGGCCAUGUGUCCAGACCAGUGCUCAGGUCACGGCACCCACAACGCAGAGACCAACACCUGUACCUGCGACCAGAACUGGACUGGGCCUGACUGCUCUCUGGAGGUGUGCGAGGUGGACUGCGGCAACCACGGCGUCUGCUAUGGCGGUGUGUGUCGUUGUGAGGAGGGCUGGACGGGAACCUUGUGCGACCAGAAGGCCUGUCACCCGAUGUGCACCAAGAACGGUGUUUGCAAGGAGGGCAAGUGUGAGUGUGACCAGGGCUGGACCGGAGAGCACUGCAAUAUCGCUCACAACCCGGACAUUAGAGUAAAAGGAUAUAAAGAGGGUUGUCCAGGUCUCUGCAACAACAAUGGUCGCUGCACCCUGGAGGCUAGUGGCUGGCACUGCAUCUGCCAAUCAGGAUGGAGAGGGGCCGGGUGUCACGUAGCCAUGGAAACGCUUUGCACGGACGGCAAGGACAACGAAGGAGAUGGGCUGGCGGACUGUAUGGAUCCAGACUGCUGCCUGCAGCCGUCCUGUCAGAACCAGCAGUACUGCAAAGGAUCACCUGACCCGGGGGAGGUGCUCAGCCUAUCCCCGUCCUCGCUGGCUCCUCAACAGGCUGCUCGGUCUUUCUACCAGCGUAUUCACUUCCUGCUGGGUCCUGAAUCCACUCAGGUCGUCACUGAGGAGAGUCCCUUCAAUAAAAGCCUGGUGUCCAUAAUUCGAGGUCAGGUGUUGACGGCAGACGGGACGCCUCUGAUCGGAGUCAACGUGACGUUUGUUCACUAUCCUGAACACGGAUACACUGUGACACGCAAGGACGGCAUGUUCGACCUCCUCGCCAACGGUGGAGCGUCCCUCACGUUAAGUUUCGAGCGCGCUCCGUUCCUCACCCAGUACAGGACCGUGUGGGUGCCGUGGAACGUCUUCUACGUGAUGGACACGUUGGUCAUGAAGAAGGAGGAGAACGACAUCCCGAGCUGCGACCUGAGCGGAUUCAUCAGACCGAGUCCCGUCAUCGUCGCUUCUCCUCUGUCCACAUUCUUCAGAAGUUCACCUGAGGACGGACCCAUCAUCCCUGAAACACAGGUUUUACAAGAAAAAACCUCGAUCCCUGGCAGUGACCUGCAUCUGAUCUACCUGAGCUCCAGAGCUGCCGGGUAUAAACCAGUCCUCAAAGUCACCAUGACGCAGACAUCCAUACCAUUCAACCUGAUGAAGGUUCACCUGAUGGUGGCGGUAGUGGGUCGCCUUUUCCAGAAAUGGUUUCCUGCUCAGCCGAAUCUUUCCUACACCUUCAUCUGGGACAAAACCGACGCCUACGGCCAACGAGUGUACGGACUGUCUGAGGCAGUUGUGUCAGUGGGGUUUGAAUACGAGUCGUGUCUGGACCUCAUUCUGUGGGAGAAGAGGACGGCCAUCUUGCAGGGCUACGAGAUGGACGCGUCCAACAUGGGAGGGUGGACGCUGGACAAACAUCACAUCCUGGACCUGCAGAACGGUAUUCUGUACAAGGGCAACGGGGAGAACAUUUUCGUUUCCCAGCAGCCUCCUGUCAUCAGCAGCAUCAUGGGAAACGGCCGCCGCCGCAGCAUCUCCUGCCCCUCCUGUAACGGGCAGGCGGAGGGCAACAAGCUGUUGGCCCCGCUGGCUCUGGCGUGUGGAGCAGACGGCAGCAUCUUUGUGGGAGACUUCAACUACAUCCGCAGGAUCUUCCCAUCUGGGAACGUGACCAGUGUCAUGGAGCUGAGAAACAAAGAUUUCAGACAUAGCAACAAUCCUGCUCAUCGUUACUACCUUGCCACUGACCCCGUGACCGGACAGCUUUAUGUAUCCGACACAAAUUCACGCCGAAUCUACCGACCCAAGAUGCUCAGCGGUGCCAAAGACCUCAUCAGUAAUGGUGAAGUGGUGGCCGGUACAGGUGAACAGUGUCCUCCGUUUGAUGAAGCUCGAUGUGGAGAUGGAAGAAAAGCUACAGAGGCACAGCUGCUAGGACCGAAAGGGAUCGCAGUGGACAGAAACGGUCUGAUCUAUUUCGUGGACGGGACGAUGAUCAGGAAGGUGGAUCGUAACGGAAUCAUCUCCACCAUGCUCGGCAGCAACGACUUAACCUCUGCAAGACCACUGACGUGCGAUACCAGCAUGCACAUACGUCAGGUCCGUUUGGAGUGGCCCACAGACCUCGCCAUCAACCCCAUGGACAACUCCAUCUACGUUCUGGACAACAACGUAGUGCUGCAGAUCACUGAAAACAGACAGGUGCGUAUCGUGGCAGGGCGUCCCAUGCACUGUCAGGUCCCUGGUAUCGAGUACACGAUGGGGAAGAGAGCCGUGCAGACCAUGUUAGAGGGAGCUACAGCCAUCGCUCUGUCCUACAGCGGCGUCCUCUACAUCGCAGAGACGGACGAGAAGAAGCUGCAUCGCAUUCGACAGGUUUCUACUGAUGGAGAAAUAACACAUCUAGCUGGAGCGCCCUCUGAAUGUGACUGCAAGAAUGAUGCUAACUGUGACUGCUACCAAACCGGAGACGGCUACGCUAAAGACGCGCGGCUCAACUGUCCGUCCUCUCUGGUCGUGUCCCCUGACGGGACUCUGUACGUCGCAGAUCUUGGAAACAUCCGGAUACGAGCCAUACGACGCAACAUGCCGCCUACUGGCUCUCUGGCUUCUGGUCCCAGCUCGUAUGAAGUCGCCUCUCCAGCCUCUCAGGAGCUCUACGUGUUCGAUCUGAACGGGACUCAUCAGUUCACCAUGUCGCUGGUCACUGGAGACUACAAAUACAACUUCAGCUACAGCAACGAGGAGGACGUUACCGCGGUGACAGACAGCAGCGGGAACACCCUCCGCAUCCGUAGGGACACAAAUAGGAUGCCUGUGCGUGUGGUCGCCCCUGACAACCAGGUCAUAUGGCUGACCAUUGGGACAAACGGAGGUCUGAAGACUCUAACUGCUCAGGGUCAGGAGCUGGUCUUGUUUAGUUACCACGGCAACAGCGGCUUGCUGGCCACCAAGAGCAUCCAGAUCGGCUGGACCACGUUCUACGACUACGACAGCGAGGGCCGGCUGACUAACGUGACCUUCCCCACCGGCGUGGUCACCAAUCUCCACGGCGACAUGUCAUCAGGGGCCGUUGCCGUGGACAUCGAGACGUCAGGGAGGGAUGAGGACGUUUCCAUAACAACCAACCUGUCAUCAAUAGACUCGUUCUACACUCUAGUGCAGGACCAGCUGCGUAACAGCUACCAGGUGGGGAACGACCACUCGCUGAGGGUCAUCUACGCCAACGGGAUGGACUCGCACUACCAGACCGAGCCUCAUAUACUCGCAGGUGCUGCUAACCCGACUGUAGCCCGACGUAACAUGACGCUGCCGGGAGAGAACGGACAGAACCUGGUGGAGUGGAGGUUCAGGAAGGAGCAGACACGAGGAAAAGUCAUCGUGUUUGGGAGAAAGCUCAGAGUGAACGGCAGGAAUCUUCUCUCUGUGGAUUACGAUCGCUCGCUGCGAACAGAGAAAAUUUAUGACGACCACAGGAAGUUCCUGCUGAAGAUCAUCUAUGACACGCAGGGCCACCCGACACUCUGGGUCCCCAGCAGCAAACUGCUGUCAGUCAACCUCACCUACUCCAGUACGGGGCAGGUGACCGGACUGCAGAGGGGUCCGACCACAGAGCGCUGGGAGUACGACAGUCAGGGACGAAUCAUCUCCAGAGUGUUCGCUGAUGGAAAGACGUGGAGCUACACCUACCUGGAUAAGUCCAUGGUCCUGCUGCUGCACAGUCAGCAUCAGUACAUCUUCGACUACGACGCGGGCGACCGUCUGUCCGCUGUCACCAUGCCCAGCGUGGCUCGCCACACCAUGCAGACCAUCAGGUCCAUCGGAUACUACCGGAACAUCUACAACCCCCCAGAGAGCAAUGCCUCGGUCACUGUGGACUACUCCGAGGAAGGACAGCUCCUCAGAGUCGCCCAUCUUGGUACCGGCCGUGGUAUUCUCUACAAAUAUCGUAGACAGAACAAGUUGGCAGAGAUCCUUUACGACUCCACACGUGUCAGCUUCACGUACGAUGAGACAGCCGGCGUGCUGAAGACCGUCAACCUGCAGAGCGAAGGCUUCAUCUGCUCCAUCCGUUACCGGCAGAUCGGCCCGCUCGUCGACCGUCAGAUCUUCCGCUUCAGCGAGGACGGGAUGGUGAACGCACGCUUCGACUACACCUAUGACAACAGCUUCAGAGUCACCAGCAUGCAGGCCGUGAUCAACGAGACGCCGCUGCCAAUCGACCUGUACCAGUUUGAUGACAUAUCAGGGAAGGUGGAGCAGUUUGGGAAGUUUGGAGUCAUCUAUUACGACAUCAACCAGAUCAUCUCCACGGCGGUGAUGACCUACACCAAACACUUUGACCAGCAUGGCCGCAUCAAAGAGAUCCAGUACGAGAUCUUCAGGUCCCUGAUGUACUGGAUCACCAUUCAGUAUGACAACAUGGGCCGAGUCACCAAACGGGAGAUCAAGAUUGGACCGUUCGCCAACACCACCAAAUAUGGCUAUGAGUACGACGUGGAUGGACAGCUGCAGACGGUCUCCCUCAACGAGAAGAUGAUGUGGAGGUAUAACUACGAUCUGAAUGGAAACCUGCACCUGCUGAACCCUGGGAACAGCGGGCGGUUAACCCCUCUACGCUACGAUCUGCGGGACCGAAUCACUCGUCUUGGGGACGUACAGUACAGGCUGGAUGAAGACGGCUUCCUGAGACAGAGAGGAGCCGAGAUCUUUGAAUACAACUCCAAAGGUCUUCUUGUCCGUGUCUACAGUAAAGCGGCCAGCUGGACAAUCCAGUACCGUUACGACGGUUUGGGUCGGCGUGUGGCAUCUAGAAACAGUCUGGGACAACACCUGCAGUUCUUCUACGCUGACCUGAACUAUCCCACGAGAAUCACACACGUGUACAACCACUCCAGCUCCGAGAUCACCUCCUUCUACUAUGAUCUGCAGGGUCACGUAUUUGCGAUGGAGAUCAGCAGUGGAGAGGAGUUUUAUAUUGCAUGUGAUAACACGGGGACGCCGCUGGCUGUCUUCAGCAACAACGGGCUGCUGCUGAAACAGGUUCAAUACACUGCAUAUGGAGAGGUCUACUUUGAUUCAAACCCGGACUUUGUGCUGGUGAUUGGUUUCCAUGGCGGCCUGUACGAUCCUCUGACACGCCUGCUGCACUUUGGAGACCGAGACUACGACAUCCCCGCUGGGAGGUGGACCACUCCUGACAUCAGCACAUGGACGCAUGUUGGAAAAGACCCCCAGCCCUUCAACCUGUACAUGUUCAGAGGAAAUAACCCCAUCAGCAAGAUCCAUCAGGUCAAAGAAUACGUCACAGAUGUCAACAUUUGGUUGGUCACUUUUGGCUUCCAUCUCCACAACGCCAUCCCAGGAUUCCCCAUCCCCAAGUUUGACCUGACCCAGCCGUCACUGGAGAUGAAGAAGAGCCAGCUGUGGGACGAUCUGCCUUUGAUCUCAGGAGUCCAGCAGGAAGUGACUCGUCAGUCUCAGUCCUUCCUGUCCUUUGAGAGGAUGCCUGAAAUCCAGCUGAGCCGGCGUCACUCGGACCACACCAAACCGUGGCUGUGGUUCGCCACCGUCAAGUCCCUGAUCGGUAAGGGUGUGAUGCUGGCGGUGAUCCAGGGCCGCGUGGUGACCAACGCCCUCAACAUCGCCAACGAGGACUGCAUCAAAGUGGCCGCAGUCUUAAACAACGCCUUUUACCUCGAGGACCUCCAUUAUACGGUGGAGGGACGGGACACGCACUACUUCAUCAAGACCAGCCUGCCUGAGAAUGACCUGAGUGCGCUGCGGCUCACCUCAGGCAGGAAGUCGCUGGAGAACGGAGUGAACGUCACGGUGUCGCAGUCUACGACGGUGAUGAAUGGGAGAACGCGGCGCUUUGCUGACGUGGAGCUGCAGUAUGGCGCUCUGGCGCUCCACGUGCGCUAUGGGACGACGCUGGACGAAGAGAAAGCACGAAUCUUGGAGCACGCCAGGCAGAGGGCGCUGUCGAACGCCUGGUCCCGGGAGCAGCAGCGGGUCAGAGACGGAGAGGAGGGGGUCCGGCUGUGGACGGAGGGAGAGAAGAGGCAGCUGCUAAGCAGCGGGAAGGUUUUAGGUUACGACGGCUACUACGUCCUGUCCAUAGAGCAGUACCCCGAGCUCGCCGACAGCGCCAACAACAUGCAGUUCCUACGGCAGAGCGAGAUCGGGAGGAGGUAACACGGCAUCAGCAAACGUCGAAUAUCUCCCCCUGUGACUGUCAGAGACUAACAAAGGUUCAGUUUUAACACUAAAUGGAUGUCACAGACUAAACUGUGCAGAGACACGCCUCCUAAGAGAGCCCAAACAAGUUUUAUUCUUCAACACAACCGACCAGAAACUUUACGUAACUUAAUGUCCACAUGAGCCUGCUCGGAGGUUCAGUCUCUAAACCAAUGCCUUCUCUCUCUCUUUCUGUUUCUCUGUCUGUCUCUCUGGUGGCCGGGUCUAAACCCGAGUGCUAUAAUCGUGUGCUAACUAGCUGUGAAACAGUCAGAUGUAGAGAUUCGUCCACGUAGCCGACCGAGCAUUUCAGCAGCCUGCAAGCAUUUAGACAGUUCUGAACUGUCCAACAAGUCAAAAACCAGACGCCUGUGGAUCCUGACAGAUGUUGCAGGUAUCAUAUCUGUGUGGGUCCAGAUGUGAGCUGUCACUUUGGAUUAUAGACCUCUAUGAGUCUAAAGGAGCUUUAAUCAGUGGCUCUUUGUAUGGGACUGAAGUGGGACUGGUGUGGACUCUCUCUAAGAGAGACAGGCACUAAAAAAAAGGACUUCAAUUUGUAUGAAGGCAAAAAAAAAAGACUGAUUUUUUUGUUUUUGUUUUUUUAUAUAUGAACUUGCAUUUGCUUCAACAAAGGGGAUUUAAAAAAUGAACAAAAAAGUGUUUACAUACUAUUACCUAUACCACUAUUACUGCAUAUUACUCUAACGUCACCUCCACAGGAAUGGAUCAGGACUGGACUGAACAACACCACAAACUAUGAGUUGUGUUUUUCUUUCUUUCUUACUGAUGGUCUUUUUGGUCGUUUCUGAAACCUCUCCUCCGAAUCCCCCGUGCUCUAAUAAGGUCUAUAAAAUCAAACAGUUUCAAACUACAAUGGUUGUAUGUGGAUGGUUCUGCGUGGGUAUACGCUCUGUGGACUGGAGUGGGCUCAAACACUGGUCCGCAGUCCGCCCAGGACUCCUUCACUUCUGCAAAAUGUGACUCAUAUCGCAUAGACCUUGUGCUUUUAUCGGUCAGAGGUAGUAGUAUUGCUUGCAAUAGAAACAUGUUGUCAUGGCUUUGGGGUGGGGGUGGGGGGGUCAGGGUCGCUGUGAGUAGUAACUAAUCGUUGCUUCUCUCCUCGUUUUUUGCUUGUUUCUCCUUAAAGGGACAGUGCAUCGCCAUCAGUGACUUUAAUGAGUAACAGUGAUUGAUCAGAAAUCGAUGUGGAUGUUUUCUCAUUGAUUGUGGGUCCCUGUACUCUUCUAGAUGAGUUUUCUUUGUGUGUAUGUGUGUUUACAGGGCGGGACUCGAAUCAUUUCAGAGGAAAGAACAGGAUCUUUACAGAAAGUUAACAUCAUAUGCUACCAAUCUUUUUCCAGAGACAAAUGAGACGAGUUGACAAUGUUUCAUGGGUUUAUCUUUUAUUUUUAUUUUGAAGGUUGAGAAAUUCCACUUAUCCGUACAUCAAUAUUAGUCUCAGAGAAAGUAAUUUAUGUACAGUGUUUCUACGGUAAAGAAUAAAAAUCCUUGAAACUAU